AUGUCAUUUGCCCCGCCUCCUGGGCCUCCUCCACCCUCAGUGCCCGAGGGAUGGAAAGCACAGUAUGACGAGAGAUAUCAUGCAUGGUUCUUCAUCGACCUCGCAACAGGAAAAUCACAAUGGGAACAACCCGAAGGUCCCCCGCAGCGCAAUCAUGGCGAACCACCGGUGCACUCACCCCCACCAUCAUACAAUACCGGUGCAAGUGACCCAGCUGCACUGGCAGCCGCAGGGGACAAAAAGCAAAUGGGAUCCAACAACCCAUACAACCCAGGCAAUGCGCAUAGCGCCAGCCCCAAUACAAUGGAUGAAGACGCACGUCUGGCCGCCAAGCUCCAGGCCGAGGAAGACGCCCGCGCACACCGAGGAACCCCAUCCGGCGGGGACCGUGGCGCCUCAGACGACUACUACAAUAAUGCGCAACAAUCUGGACCAAGCUAUGCAGCAGGUCCUUCGCAGAGUCCAUUGCCAGAACGAGAAGAGAAGCGCAGCAAAGGCGGCUUCCUCAGUAAGCUGAUGGGCAAGAGUUCAUCCAAACCUCGACCACAACAGCAGUACGCAUCAUAUGCGCAGCAAGGUCCCCCGCCUGGUGCGUACUAUGGUGGUGGCGGCCAUCCACCACAGCCUGGCCCCCAGCUUGGCUAUGGACACCCCGGCCCUGGAUAUGGAGGUGGAUAUGGAGGUGGAUACCCGCAACAGGGCGGAUACUACCAGCAACCGCCUCGCAGGCAAGGUGGUGGUGGCAUGGGAACCGCGGGAGCAGCUGCGCUCGGUGUUGGAGGUGGAUUGCUUGGUGGUAUGCUCAUUGCCGAUGCCAUUGAAGAUCACCAUGAUGAUGAUUACGGCAAUAAUGAUUACGGCGGCGGUGACGAUUAUGGCGGUGGUGGUGAUGACUUCGGCGGCGGUGACUUCUAA